ACCUCAUCCUCAUUAUGUCAGAUUAAAAUUUAAUCUUAAAAACAGAACACAACAACACACACACCAUCACCAUUUGUUUCUUCAAUACCAAGUCCAUUUGUUUUCUCUUAUCCAUUUUUCUGAUUAAAACCAUAAUAAUCUUUUUCCAAUGCAAAGAUCAGGUUUUGGUUCGGAUGGAAUAUACAGGUCUCUAAGACCUUCCCUUACCUUACCAAAAAACCCGAACCUCUCUCUCGUUACACACUUAUUCAACAAAGUCGCUUCUUCUCAAACAAAAACCGCUCUUAUAGAUGCUGAUUCUAACCAAACCCUAAAUUUCGCUCAAUUAAAAUCACUAACAAUUAAAAUCGCACAUGCUUUAAUCCACAUCGGUUUAAAAAAAACCGACGUCGUUUUAUUCCUCGCUCCAAAUAGUUAUCUUUACCCUGUUUUCUUCCUCGCCGUCGCUUCCAUCGGCGCCGUUGCCUCCACCGUCAAUCCUACCUACACCAUCACCGAAGUCACCAAACAAGCAAAAGAUUCAAAUCCAAAGCUCAUCAUCACCGUCGCUGAAUUAUGGGAGAAAGUAAAACACCUCAAUGUCCCCGCCGUUUUUCUCAACUCCGGCACAACACCGACGACAACACCGAAUGUUACGAGUUUCGAAUCGUUCGUGAAACUCGGCGAAUCGGAAACUAAAUUUCCGGAAAUUGACGUCAAACAGAGCGAUACGGCGGCGCUUUUGUAUUCCUCCGGUACGACUGGUGUAAGCAAAGGAGUGAUUCUCACUCACGGGAAUUUCAUCGCUUCUGCAACGAUGAUUUCGAUGGAUGAUGAAUUGAAUGGAGAUAUAGACGAUGUGUAUCUCGUUGUUCUUCCAAUGUUUCAUGUGUUUGGACUUGCGGUGAUUACGUUUUCUCAGCUUGUGAGAGGAAACUGUGUGGUUUCGUUGAAGAGAUUUGAAUUUGAAGUGGUUUUGAAAACUAUUGAGAAAUUUAGGGUUACGAAAUUAUGGGUUGUGCCUCCUAUUAUACUUGCUCUUGCUAAACAUGGUUUGGUUGAUAAGUAUGAUCUUUCUUCUUUGAAGUAUAUUGGUUCUGGGGCUGCUCCUCUUGGGAAAGAGUUGAUGGAAGAGUGUGCUAAGCGAUUCCCGAAUGCUGUUGUUUCUCAGGGCUAUGGUAUGACUGAAACUGCUGGAAUUGUUUCUGUGGAGAAUACAAGGAUGGGGACUCGGCAUACUGGCUCGACUGGAAUGCUUGUUGCAGGAGUGGAAGCUCAAAUUGUCAGUGUAGAUACACUGAAGCCACUUCCUCCUGGACAGCUUGGGGAGAUAUGGGUGCGGGGUCCUAACAUGAUGCGAGGUUAUCACAACAAUCCACAGGCCACAAGAUUGACACUAGAUGACAAAGGGUGGGUACAUACAGGAGAUCUUGGAUAUUUUGAUGAGGAUGGCCAUCUUUUUGUCGUUGACCGUAUCAAAGAACUGAUCAAGUAUAAAGGUUUCCAGGUUGCACCAGCAGAACUUGAAGGGCUCCUUGUUUCUCAUCCUGAAAUACUUGAUGCUGUGGUUAUUCCAUUCCCUGAUGCCGAAGCCGGUGAGGUUCCUGUUGCCUAUGUUGUACGAUCACCCAGUAGUUCACUAACCGAGGAAGAUAUUAAAAAGUUCAUUGCUAAUCAGGUAGCACCUUUCAAAAGAUUGCGAAGGGUAACAUUCAUCAACACUGUUCCGAAAACAGCAUCAGGAAAAAUUCUAAGAAGAGAGCUUAUCGACAAAGCACGGUCCAAAAUAUAAGAUAACACAUAUUUUUUUUUCUCUGUUUGUAAUACCAUUUUUAAGGGUUCAAAUAAUGUGAUAGAAUGCAAGUUGUGAAUCGUAUAGGUAUAAUAAAAAGCAUUCAUUUGUAAGGACUCUACUUUUAAUUGAUAACCAUUGGCAGUGAUUUGGUUGUGCUUUAUAUGCAUAUAUAGAAUAAAUUAUCACAACUUAA